UUCCUACAGCAAACAUCUCCAAUUCUCCAUAUUGUCUCACACCACUUUUUGCUGCAAGUUUUCUUCUGCUACUGCAUUCGACAAGCUUCUAAGGAGGUAAGGUUUGCGUUUGGUCAUAGCUGUGGCAGUCCAAAAAAGCUUUGAUCUUGGGCUCCAUUAGUUCCAGGUGACCGUUGAAUCAACACCAGAAGGGAGGCAUUGUGUGAUCAUUCCAACGAAGAUGGUAGAUUCUGUUGUGGAUAAACUAGCUCCAACUGAUAUCAGCUCAUCAUCAUCAGCAGUGAAACUUUAUGGAACAUAUGGAAUUCUGGUCUCAACCGUUGCUGCCAUACUCAUCCCAAUUCUACUAUCUCUCAUGGUCAUGGCCAAGAAAAGGACCAAACAAAGAGGAGUGCAAGUACAAGUUGGUGGUGAGCCUGGGUAUGCAGUCCGAAAUGCUCGAAUUCCAGAGUUGAUUGAAUCUCCAUGGGAAGGAGCUGAAAACAUGGCUGCUCUAUUCGAGCAGUCUUGCCAGAAGUAUGCGAAGCAGAAGUGUCUUGGAACCAGGAAGUUGGUUGAAAAGGAGUUCGUUACUGCUAGUGAUGGAAGGAAGUUUGAGAAGGUUCACUUGGGAGACUAUGAGUGGGAGAGCUAUGGACAGGUUUUCGAUCGCGUCUGCAAUUUUGCUUCUGGGAUGAUUCGGUUGGGGCAUGAUGUUGGUAGCCGUGCUGCAAUCUUUGCUGAGACCAGAGCUGAAUGGUACAUUGCAUUUCAGGGAUGCUUUCGCCAGAAGAUAACUGUGGUCACUAUUUAUGCUUCUCUAGGUGAGGAUGCGCUGAUCCACUCGCUCAAUGAGACUGAGGUAUCUACACUGAUAUGUGACUCAAAGCAACUGAAGAGGUUGGCAGCAAUAAGUUCAAAACUAACUACCGUCACCAAAGUCAUCUAUUUUGAAGAUGCUGGGAAUACUGAUGCUAACAUGAGUUUAGAUGUGGAUAACUGGAAAGUUUCUUCCUUCUCUGAAGUUGAGAAACUGGGGCAAAAUGAGCCUCUUACUCCGAGCUUUCCUUCCAAAGAUGAGAUUGCCGUUGUCAUGUAUACAAGUGGCAGCACUGGUUUACCCAAGGGGGUGAUGAUCAGUCAUGGCAACAUUGUGGCCACAGUUGCAGCUGUUAUGACAGUGAUCCCAAACCUUGGGAGCAAUGAUGUGUACCUAGCUUACUUGCCACUAGCUCAUGUUCUUGAGCUUGCAGCUGAGUCUGUAAUGCUGGCAGCUGGCUGUGGAAUUGGAUACGGGUCAGCAUUGACCUUAACAGACACUUCAAACAAGAUCAAGAAGGGAACUCCAGGGGAUGUUACUGCCCUUAAGCCGACUCUCAUGGUCGCUGUUCCUGCUAUAUUGGACCGUAUUAGAGAAGGCGUGCUGAAAAGGGUAGAGGGGAAAGGAGGUUUGGCAAAGAAGCUUUUCCACAUUGGAUACAAAAGACGGCUGGCAGCCGUAGAAGGAAGCUGGUUUGGUGCAUGGGGACUUGAGCGGAUGCUUUGGGAAGCCAUUGUUUUCAAACCAAUACAAGCUUCGCUUGGGGGACGUCUUAGAUUCAUGCUUUGUGGUGGAGCUCCUUUGUCUGCAGAUUCACAGAGGUUCAUCAAUGUAUGCAUGGGGGCUCCCAUUGGGCAAGCAUAUGGUUUGACAGAAACUUCCGCUGGAGCUGCAUUUUCCGAAUGGGACGACACUUCAGUAGGUCGCGUUGGACCGCCUGUUCCUUGUGCCUACAUCAAGCUUGUUUCAUGGGAAGAAGGAGGCUAUACAAUAGCAGACAAACCGAUGCCAAGGGGAGAGAUAGUAGUUGGGGGAAACAGUGUAACUGCCGGUUAUUUCAACAACAAAGAAAAGACUGAUGAGGUUUACAAGACCGACGAGAGUGGAAUUCGCUGGUUUUUCACAGGUGACAUAGGGCAAUUUCAUCCUGAUGGAUGCCUCGAGAUCAUAGAUAGGAAGAAGGACAUUGUUAAGCUUCAACAUGGAGAGUAUAUCUCACUUGGAAAGGUUGAAGCAGCUCUAUUGACAAGCAACUAUGUAGACAACAUCAUGGUGCAUGCAGAUCCACUGCAGAGCUAUAGUGUAGCUCUGAUCGUUCCAUCACGACAAGUGCUGGAGAAAUGGGCUCAAGAGGCAGGAAUCGACCAUCAGGACUUCGCUCAACUGUGUCAGAGAAAUGAAGCUGUUGAUGAAGUUCAGAAGCAACUUUCCAAGGUAGCAAAAGCUGCAAAGUUGGACAAGUUUGAAACUCCAGCAAAGGUGAAGCUACUCCCGGAACCAUGGACACCAGAGUCGGGAUUAGUGACUGCAGCUCUCAAGAUAAAGAGGGAGCAGCUGAAGUCUAAGUUUAAAGAUGAUCUCCAGAAGCUCUAUAAUUGAAUCGACUGGCUGCUUCAACUGUUAUAUUUGAUAGCAACUACUUGAGGGUUCUUGCAACCUUAUCUAGAUCUUCUACAGAUGUCUGUUUUUGGUGCUUUUGAGUUCUGAGAAGAAAUGUUUCAUGUGAAACCAUUAUGCAACACUUUUGGCUUUCAUAGAUUCUGAUGACCUAAAUUAAAUGGCUCGAAAAGCAAUUUUCAAGGCA